AUGAAGUAUUCUAUCGUCAUAAUUGUUUUAGCUUUAUUAUUUGCUUUUGUUAAUGCAAGGUCUCAUAUGGAAGAAAAGAACCCAGAUCUAAAGAAAUUGGAGAAGUAUGAUACCGGUGACGGCGACAUUAACGGGCACCUUGGUGAUCUUCAAGGAGUGUGUAUCGAUUCUUUAUUGGCUGAUGCUCCUCCUUGCUCUUUGCAAGAAAAAUGUGACCAAAUUAUCGAUGUUGCAUAUUUUCUAGGUGGUAAAAAGAAAAAGGAUCUUAUUAAACUUGCGAGGUCCAUAGUUCAAUCUGAAAAAAAUACACCGUUUGACGGUCAACACUCCGUUAUCUGUAAGAAAUUACCUAGGCAUUGUGAACUUAAAGGAUUACACUUUAAACAAGACAAUAAUA